AUCUUUUUUUUUUUUACAAUAAAUCCCGCAUUACUUUUCCUCAAAUCACCAAUUCUGCGUUCUUCCUGACUCAUUCAUGUUUCAUAUAGUCUCAAUGCGUAAUGCGUUUUUUCGCUGACACUUUUGUUUUAAUGCAUUUUCCGAGUGUCUAACAAAAAACUGCCUCGGGCGCGUGAUGCAGGGCGAAUUGAAAGAUGGCGCGAAAGAAGCUCUUGAGCCGACGCGCGCAGGUAAACAGGUCCAAAAAUGCGCAGUUCAUGAGGCGCGCUCCUGCUGCGCGAGGCUAAAGAUUGUCAUUAGGUGCACCGAGUGAAUAGGCUACAGGACUAAAUCUCAAAGCAACAGUUUAUUCAGAGGACCGCCGUGAGCUGUCGUGUCCAGUGACCCGCUGGAGCAAAGCACGCCAGGAGCGAUGGGAUCUGACCGGCAUACUGAUACGCCUCAGCAUCGCGACCGCAGCAUCAGCACCAGGAACGCGCUCUCAACCUGACACUUUGGUUUUCGUAAGAGUUGCGUUUCAUUAUUUUAAUGUUGGUCACAUAGUCGCGCAUGCGUUGCUGUGUGGUUGCGCUUCUUCAGACUUAGUUUACCGGCUCUGGCGCUCGAUGAUGAGAGGGAUGCUGGUCGCUUGGCGCGCUGGGAUCUUGUGUCUCCACGCGCUUGUGGUUUUAACGCAUGGCCGUACCCCGCCGGCGAACAGUGUGAAUGAACCCAGCAACAUGUCAUACGUCAAAGUCACCGUGGAUAAAUUACUGAAAGGAUACGACAUUCGUCUAAGGCCUGACUUCGGAGGUCCUCCUGUGGACGUCGUUAUGAGUAUUGACAUCUCCAGCAUCGAUAUGGUGUCGGAAGUGAACAUGGACUACACCAUCACCAUGUAUUUCCAGCAGUCGUGGCGUGAUAAACGUCUUUCCUACACGGGGAUUCCUCUCAAUCUCACAUUAGAUAACCGAGUGGCUGAUCAACUCUGGGUGCCUGAUACAUACUUCAUCAAUGACAAGAAAUCUUUUGUUCAUGGGGUCACAGUAAAGAAUCGUAUGAUUCGUUUGCACCCUGAUGGAACUGUGCUUUAUGGUCUCAGGAUAACUACCACAGCUGCAUGUAUGAUGGAUCUGCGCAGAUAUCCACUGGAUGAGCAGAACUGUACGCUGGAGAUUGAAAGUUAUGGAUACACCACAGAUGACAUUGAGUUUUACUGGCAGGGUGGGAGUUCUGUGACGGGUGUGGAUAACAUUGAGCUGCCACAGUUCUCUAUUAUCGACUAUAAGACGCUGUCUAAAAAGGCAGUCUUUGCCACAGGGUCAUACCCUCGCCUGUCCCUUAGUUUCAAACUGAAGAGAAACAUUGGAUAUUUCAUCCUUCAGACCUACAUGCCUUCAACCCUGAUCACCAUCCUGUCCUGGGUCUCCUUCUGGAUCAACUAUGAUGCAUCAGCAGCAAGAGUGGCACUGGGAAUCACCACUGUUCUGACUAUGACCACAAUCAACACUCACCUUAGGGAGACAUUGCCCAAAAUCCCAUAUGUGAAAGCCAUAGACAUCUAUCUGAUGGGCUGCUUUGUUUUUGUAUUCCUGGCCUUGCUCGAAUAUGCCUUUGUCAACUACAUCUUCUUCGGCCGUGGGCCACACUUACAGAAGAAAGUGGCAGAAAAAGCAGCAAAAAGCAACAAUGAGAAGAGUCGAAUGCAGAGUAACAAAAUUCAGAUUGAUAUCCAUGGAAACAUUCCCCUGACAAACCUUGAUCUGCAUCUCAGCGGGGCAGAGAUGCUUGGUGCUCUUGGGGAUCCAAGGAACACCAUGUUCUCUUACGACAGUGCCAGCAUCCAAUACCGUAAGCCCCUCACAGCUCGUGACCUCUACGUUCGACCCACCGCCUCUAUGGAGAGGCCAAUGCCCCGUAAAAAGGGUCAUCUGAAAAGAAAGGCCGAUCAGCUGAAGGUUAAGAUUCCGGAUCUGACAGACGUUAAUGCCAUCGACAAAUGGUCCCGUGUCAUCUUUCCGAUCACCUACACCUUCUUUAAUCUAGUAUACUGGCUCUAUUAUGUCCACUAGGGGUCAGCGUGGACUCAACUCAGUCAUCCACACAUCAGGUCAGACUCUAUUAUCCUCCUCACUUAAGUCUUGAAUUAAGUCUUGACAGGAUGGAGGGGGAGUAUAUACCGUAGCCCUCCUCUGUAAAUAGUUUAGAUAUUUAAUUUAGAUCUAGCCUAUAUUAAAACAUUAUGCUCAAUAUGACUUUGAAGUUGACACUGGAUUUUUGCACAUUUUUGCUUCAUGAGACCCGACUGCAACCUCACAAGAGAGACAGACAAACUGCAUAACUUCACCACACAUCAAUGUCAGACGGUCUUUAACCUUUAAAACAGCAUUUGGAGGUUAUUAAACAACUUUUUGGUGUGGUCUUAGAGGAACAUACUUGGUUCAGUGCAACCUAAAAUCACGAAAAGAAAAAACAAUGUAAUCUUUUAAGCACCAUUUACAGAAAUUAUUCUCAAAACAUUCACCUUAAAAUGUAUUGCUUCUUACUUUGAAAAGGACGAUGCAGACAACUUUACAGCUUAAAUAAUAAACAGGUUUUCCCUAAAUAACUAAGUGCAAGUGCUUUACAAAAGUACAAGUUUAACAUUUCUGCUUUUUGGCUGUCCUGGUUUAUUUCCAUUGUAAGUUUGUUACUUUAACCACACUUUUGCUUUUUAAAACAAUAACUGAGGAAUGAUUCAAUAUUGUUUUACCACUAUGCUGCUUGGCCUUAUCUUGUAUUAAACCCAGAACAUGUACAGCUACAGUAUGUAUACAGGCCUUGGUUAAGACAAUACUUUCAAAGAUAAUGUACAGUAGCUCUUGUGUCAUCAUGUUUUUGGGAAACUUUUUAUUAACCCAGGAAUCCUGCUUAUAUAAAGGUUGAUACAGUAGUUCACUUUUAUACUUUAAAGCCCAGUAUUUAAAGGGGCCACGGCAUGAAAAUCUGACUUUUCCAUGUUUAAGUGCUAUAAUUGGGUUCCUAGUGCUUCUAUCAACCUAGAAAAUGUAAAAAAGAUCAACCCAGUAAGCACGUGAAAAAUAGGUCAUUGAAAUUUGGCUCUCCUUAUGAUGUCAUAAGGAGAUCUUAUUAUAAUAAUACUGCCCCUUAAUCUGCACUAUCCAACCACGGCACAGCCAUUUAGUGCAGAAAAAGAGAGAGAGAGAGAGAAAAUAAUUUACAGCACAAUUGAGUUUCAAUUUCAACAAACCACCGUCAUUGCGAUCAGUGUUUGACAAAGUGUCAAUUUUUAUGUUAUAAUAAAUUAUCUAUAUGGUAUUUUGAGCUAAAACUUCACAUACGUACUCUGGGGACACCAAAGAUUUAUUUUACAUCUUAAAAAAGUAUUUUGACAUGGCCCCUUUAAAUUAUUCAUUUGCAUGAAAUGAAUACCUUGCUUCAUAUCAUUAGAAAUACUGUAAAGAAAUUCAGGAUUGCAUUUUAACUUCCUGACACUAGUAAUCAGAUUGUAGUUAUAACCAAGAUAUAGGCAUUGUUCAUAUAUAACUAUUUAUAAGGUACAGGAAAUGUGUUUAGCUUACAGAUACAGUAUGCAUAGCUUUACACAUGUUCAAUGUGAGUUAUGUAUUAUUCAAACUCAUUAAAAUGGAAGAUAGGGAUUAAUAACUAAUCUGUUUUAGUCUUUAUGGCUAAACUUUGUGCCUUUUAGGAAAAUAAAUCAUUUUACAGGGUUUUACAUACAACGGAGUAGAAUCAGAAUAAAUUUCCACGCGGGGUAUCACAACAGAGUAAUGUUUCAAGGGCUUCCCUAAUGCCCUGCUUUGAGAUUGUAUAAUCAGCUAUGUAAAUAAAUCGCUUCUAACACUCUAUACUGACAAUCUGCUUGGAAUAUCAUCAGUUUGGUUGUUGAACACAACUUUGUGACUCCAUCAAGCAGAUGAAAUAAUGUAAAAGAAUAAACAAAGCGUAUUCAAAUUCACUCUAGCUAGAAUCAGCAUGAAUACACAAACACAUGAAAGUAAAACAAGCAAAUACAGAGAAACUUAAAUGUUUUAUAGACCAUUAUUUCAUAGAAGUUGUUUUGACCUAUAACAGCAAAUUCCCCCGAACAAAGUGUAUUUUUUGCACAAUAUCCUAUUAGAACCAAUAAGCAUGUAUAAUUUCUUUAUAUUUGAACUUAUGCUAUUGGUCUGUGCACUCUUAUGCGGGAGUGUGUUGUAGAGAAAUGUUUAAAGUAUUGAAUGAGAUGGAGAUGGCGAUUGUGUAUGGACUGUUGGACUGUAUUGCACAGUUGUUGUCUAGGAGGUAAACAUUUAAAAUGAAUUUAAAUAAAAUAUCUCACCAAACCAAUCAUAAUAUGGAUCUGUGAUUUUGCAAGCUUUGUUGGUGUAUGCAAGUACUGUAUGAAUCAAUGCUGGACACAAAGCUGUGAAAAAACACGAUGAAUGCUUUAUUUAAGGGUUAUUUGUUUUUACAGACUGCCCUCAACUGAAAUUGAAGGGGCAGAAUUUCAUUCAUACAACAAAGAAACAAGAGAACUAAACACAUUUUAACAUUCAUGUGCAGACUGGGCACCUUGGAUUUGACUUAUUAAUUGAGAUAACAAAUAAUUUGGCACCUCUAACAAAUCAGUGUUACCCUAUAAAACUGAAGCUUUCUUUUGGUGAACAUCAUGAACACUUAUAGUCCUUGAGUUUUGCUUAAAUAGC